AUGAAGACACUCAUGUCAUCACAGAGUAUGAGCUCGGUGUCUCAUACUCUCCAGAUACGGAAGACGGAUCCGUAUCGACGGCGAUUGAAACCAAUCCGCCUUCCCAGCGUGGCAUGGAUGAUGCUACGCGUCGUAGCAUCUUUGGUUCAUCUGAUUCGUCAGAUGAACCAUCGCCAAUGCGAAGGCGCUCGAAAUCGCGAGACUCGGGCUCUCAUAGUGGUGUCGGUAAUCCUAUUGACACCGCUUCGCAGCGAGGUGCCAGUACUUCUGUCGGCACGUCGAAAGAAGAGCGGGAACGCAGUGUUUUGCGUCUCGCUCCCGAAAGAAGGCAUGGCUGCCUCCAGAGUCAGUCAUGGAUCGCUUGUCGGCGACGACAAGUGA